AACUUAUAAAUCGCUCCAGCUCGCCGCGAAUCUGGUCAGUAGUUGUUCUGGCUGCUUUUCCACUGUUGCGCUGCAUCGCUCAUGCUUGCUAACGCCGCUUUUCUCAUCCUCUUUCUCCGAGCGAUCCGAAACUUGUGUUUUUGCGAGUCUUGUUUUCGAGCCCACUGCAUCAAAUAGCCGUCUGAUUCAUCCGCGCAGUUGGUUGCGUACGAAAACGAACAAGAAAUAAAAUAAACCAAAUAGUGAAUGACGAUUGUUACCGUAAUUUUUGUGAUUAUAUUUUAAGGGAACUUUCAUAAGUAACUCAAGUGUAUAAAGUCGACCGAACUAAUAGAGUGACCGAUUGGACUUUCCCACGCGUCUCGAAUAACAAAGUGAUUCCUCCGAUCGUCGCCAACGAUCAUCGGUUACUGCUGCCGCUGGAUUUGUCGAGGCUAAGCAUCGCCAUAAACGUCAUCUGCAUGAGUCUGAGUGCCCUAGGCUCAGGUUUCAAGGAAGCUGCUCGUGGUCGAUUCGCUAAGCUGACGAGCGCCUGCGAGCAUCGCGAUUUUUUCGCCGAUCUGCUGCUGUUGCUGCUGCUGCUGCGCGACCGAUUUAUCAUCGCCGCGCCAAAGAGGCACAUCGAGCGAGCGAUACUGCGACUCACUUGCUCUGAAUGCUAUAAGAUGUCGGCUAUCCCUCAAGGUGCCUUCGCCGCUCUGAAAGUACGCAAGAACCAGGACCUGCCGAGGAUUUUGAACAUCCACGCCGAGGAGGACAAGCAGGACAACAAGAGCGGAGCCUUCAACCUCGAAGAAGGUCGCGAGCUCUCGGCGCCCCAUUACAGCAGCAAAUUGAUGAACAGCAUCUGGGGCCUGUACAAUCGCUACUCGGUGCACAACUUCAAGCAGAUCCAUGGAAACGAGGAGAGCAAAGUCAUCUCGGCCGGGGCAUGCUGGGACGCCCUGGCCGUCAAGAGCCCUCAAGGGCCCUCCUCCCCAGGCCGGGAUCUCUGCGGCUCCGGCCCGGCCCACAUCAUGGCCCAGCAGCACCGCGCCGGCCAUUGAUCGGUACGGUCGCGUUUCUCGGCUUGCGUGCCUCUCCUCGACUUUAUCUAAUUUAGCCAGCUCGCCACCGCCGCCGCCCGUCGUCGCUGAUCGUGCCGCUUCUGACUCGUCUCGUUGGUACGGCUGCCUCGGUCGAGGAGCUGGAAGGGUCCACGGCUCUCGUGCGAUGAUCGCCGCGCUCGUGGCAGCGGUGACCAUUGCCGCGGCCGUGCGACGCCGUCUUUCAAUUCCGAUGCGAUCGAUUUCACCGCCUCGAUCGGCCGUAAUCAGUACACUUCGUUUUGGCAAAUUUCAAAGUCAAGUCUUGCUUCGAAUUACUUGUUAAAGACAAUUUAAUUUUUGUUCAUAAAUUAACCGAUCAAAAUAGUAAAAUGAUGAUACAUUCUAUGCAUUUAUGUACGUACAUAAUUGUAAGAGUUACACAAUUACAAGUUAAUUUAUGAUAAUUUUAUUCAAAGUAAAUGUAGAAAGCUUCAAUAAUAGAAGUAGUUUCGCUUUAUAUGCUAUAGAGUGAAUAAUAUCUAGUUUCAAUCUAUUUUUCAGUUUCAUUGAACCAAAUAUUUUUUGAGGGCGAUUUUGAAGGAUUAAGUUACCUGUUUGCGAUAGUCAUACAAAUAUUCUCUGUUAAUUUUUUCAAUUCAAACGUUAUAGACUCGCAUUUAUGCAAGUUAAACGGAGAAUCUUGUUUGAAAUACAUAAUGAAUUGUUUGAAUUAUUUAAUAUUUUCAUUUGUUAUUUGUCAUUAUAAAAAUAUUAUACAAAUUUGAAUACUAUACAUAGUUUCAAUAAUGUAAUUGGGUUCUGAUUAAGAUUUAUUUACUUUAACUAUUUAUACUAAUUUUUAAUUAUUUAUUUUCAAACCAAAAAAUUAUA